AUGGAUUCAUCGGCAGAUCACAACAAGAAUGAGUACCGUAGAUACCAAUACUCCACUGCCGAGAGUGACAGACGCACUGGGGCCAGAGGUGGCGAGAACGAGCUGAGGGCAAAAGAGAAGGAGAACGAUGAGGUAUCUUCGGAAGCCAGGCAGCUCAAGCACAGCGUAUUAUCCAAAGAGAGAUUCAUAGUCCACAAGGAAAAGCAGGCGGAGGAGCUGAAGGAGAAGCUGCUGAAAAGUCUCAGCGAUGCAUCAGCAAAAUCCAAGGAAAUUGACGACCUGAGAACAGCAAAGCGCAAACUGGAGGGAGAGAAGUCGACGCUCAACAGACAGCUGGGAAAACUGAAGGAGCAGCUGUCCGUGCUGAGCAGCAAGGAUUCAAAUAUCAAUGCGGUGAAAGUGGCUGAGCUCGAGUCGGAGACAAAAUCACUCAGGAAGGAACUUCAGACUGCGUCCACUGAGGUUAAGACAUGCACAAACAUCAUCCGCACGAAGGAUAAGGAACUGGAGAAAGCGAAAUGUCAGGUGGAGGAUGCUGCGCGAGCAGUGGUGCGGAGCAAGGAGCUGCAAAACCAAGUUGCAGAUCUGCAGAGACAAAGGGACACAGCGCGGCAUGAAAUUAAGACGCUGCAACAGGUGACUCGCUGGAGUGUGGUUGAUGGCAGCCUCCUUUGCAGGUGGGCUGGAACCAACGCAUCAGCUGUUGAUCUUGUGAUGGCAGGUCGAAAGGCAGAAAGAAGCCGAAAUUUCCAAGUUGACAGCAGAAAACGCGGAAAUGACGAGACAACGUCAAAUUGCAAAAGACGAGCUCUCGGAUGCAAGGGCAUCCCUCAAGGUACAGGAGAAGCACAAGGAGGACAUGCUGCAGGAGAUCAGCCUGUUGCGUGA